GCCUAAGCCAAUAUUUAGUCUUCGGUGAGAUUCACUAAUGGAAAUAUGGCGGUGUGUUUGUAUUUUAUAAUGGAUCGUUACCGGGUGUUGUUGUUAUGGUAAAUCUUUAAGUGUGCCUUUGGAUUAAUUUUAGGCGUUUUGCCUAUAGAUGAAAGGUGAUGACACUCCCAGUUUCAAGCUACGAAGAGUUGUUAAACCGCGUGCGCAGCCUCACGCAGGAGACACGACAACUUCAGCGUCAGCUUGACAGUCCUCUGCUUGACCACAAUGACAACGAACGCUUGACCAACAACUGGGAGAGUAGCAGCUCCUCUUGGAGUUACUCUCACAGGGUUGACAGAUCUGCCAUGAUGCAUUCUUCUGAUCCCCCUCAGUUACCUGACCCUAAUGUACUGAACAAUGGAGGAGGGGCAGUACUGGCCCGAUUGCUCAGUUGGCCAAAUAAAGAAGAGGUAACGGCACCAGAAGCUAAGGAACAGGAUGAGAAGAGAACUACACCAGAGACGUCAGUGACCAUGUCGCCAGGGGAUCCGACGCACAAGUGGGCACCAACAGAGUUCAACCUGUGGCACAGUGUCGGGCCAGCGACCAAUAAGCAGUCGUCUUCGCAAGAAGAAGUUAGCAUGGGGCCUCGUAGCUACAGUCAGCACCAGCUGGGCGCCAAGGUGGAAAUGGUGUACAGCCUGUUGUCCAUGCUGGGAACACAUGACAGGGACGAAAUGACAAGAACUCUGUUGGCUAUGAGCAGUUCUCCAGAGAGCUGUAUUGCCAUGAAACAAUCAGGUUGCCUUCCUCUCCUUGUACAGCUGGUGCAUGGUGGACAAGAGUCCAAAUCUGUGCGCAAGUGUGCAGCGCAAGCCUUGCACAAUCUUGUACACUGCCACACAGAUGACAAGCGAGGCAGGAGAGAGGCUAGGGUGCUGCGGCUCAUAGAACAAAUACAAGAGUACUGUGGGAACAUAACAUCACCUCAACCUUUAGAUCAAGAGGAUGCACAUCCUGGAGUUGCUAUAGCAGCGCUCAUGAAGUUGUCAUUUGAUGAGGAACACAGACAUGCCAUGUGCCAACUGGGGGCAGUGCAAGCGAUUGCUGCUCUUAUUCAGAUUGACAAUGAGAUCCAUGGCAGUGACAGCAACAACAGCAGUUGUGUGACAGUCCGCCGCUACGCCGGGAUGGCUCUCACCAACCUCACUUUUGGAGAUUGCAACAACAAAGCCCUCCUCUGCUCCAUGAGAGGGUUCCUAGCAGCCCUGGUCGCUCAGCUGCAGUCUCCCAGUGAAGAUUUGAGACAGGUGACUGCCAGUGUGCUACGUAACCUGUCCUGGCGUGCAGAUACCCACAGCAAGCAAGCGUUACGGCAAGUGAAUGCAUGCACCGCUCUCAUGUUGACAGCAAUGGACGUCAAAAAAGAGUCCACCAUGAAGUCUAUUCUGUCUGCUCUAUGGAAUCUCUCAGCGCAUUGUAAUAUGAACAAGGCUGACAUUUGCGCUGUGAAAGGUGCCCUGCAAUAUUUGGUGGAGAUGUUACGCUACCAGGACGCACCUUCGAAAACACUUGCCAUUGUUGAGAAUGCUGGAGGAAUUCUGAGGAACAUUUCUAGUCAUAUAGCAGUUAGAGAGGAUUACAGAGAAAUCUUGAGGGAACACAACUGCAUUCCACUCCUUCUCCAACAGCUAAAGUCUGCCUCGCUGACAGUAGUGUCAAAUGCCUGUGGUACAUUGUGGAAUUUGAGUGCACGCAGUGCGCAAGACCAGAGGACGUUGUGGGACCUCGGUGCUGUCCCCAUGUUGCGUUCACUGGUGCACUCAAAACACAAGAUGAUUAGCAUGGGGUCAGCAGCUGCACUCAAGAAUCUGCUGGCAGCCAUGCCUGAAGCCGAUAUCAUGGAUAGGGCUUCCAGAGGCAUGCCGACUCUGCUCGUCCGCAAGCGACGUGCUUUAGAGCAGGAGCUGGAUACUACGCUAGCAGAGACGUGUGACAACAUUGAGCCUGUAGAGCGUUGGGACAGUCGGGAGUCGGUGACCAGCACACAGUCCGAUAACAUCUUUGACAGGAACAGGACCAUCUGUCAUCGAUCUGGCUCUUUACAGCUGGGUCAAGGGCAGCGUGUCAAGGAGACAGAGGAGAAGCCACAACCAGAAGCUUUGAUGGAACGACUAACACUGGAAGAGACUCCACUCACUUCCGAUCAGCCUGUCAACUAUAGUCUCAAGUAUACCGAGCAGGAAACUCCACCCAUUGCUGACCAGACAGAGCAACCUGUGAACUACAGCCUCAAGUACCCUGAGGAAGGCAAGUGUGGUGGGGGGACAGAGCAGAGGGAAAGAGUGGAGAGAGUAGUAUUCAGUCCCUCCGCCCAGGACUAUGCCGAGACUGACCUGGACCAGCCUACUGACUACAGUCUCAAGUAUAGCGAGACUGCCGAACAAGCAGAGGUGGAUCAACCAUCUGGUGAUAGUACUGUAUACGCAGAAACUGACUUGGACCAGCCAACAGACUACAGUCUGCGCUACGCAGAAGAAGAUACAGAGAAACCCAAGACCUAUUGUACCGAAGGGACCCCAUAUAAUUUCUCCACUGCUACAUCACUCUCAGAUCUAUUGACUCCAGACACUAAUAAUAAGUCUCUGGAAGCCAAGAGUGGAGGGCUGUCCCCUGUUGGUUCACUCACCCAUGAUGACAACAUUGUCAGCGUCCCUAUACCCAGUCAAGUCAAGGAGGAAAGUAGAGAAGGUAAAGUAGUGACUUUUGAGACUCCCCUCAUGUUUUCUCGCUGCAGCUCACUCGGCUCACUCAGCAGCUGUGAACCUCCAGAUGACAGAAGUUCUGUUGUCAGUGAAUUCAGUCGCAUGACCAGUGGAAUGGUAUCACCCAGUGAGUUACCGGACUCGCCCACCCAGACAGUCCCUCCUAGUCCUCACUGUGUAAAGCCUCCAGUGCCAUUGCCAGUUGUCAAGCCAGUGAGUGUGUUUGAAGAGAGAGUCUCUGUCUUUAAGGAAGAGAGCACUCCUGUACAAUUCUCCACUGCAACCAGCCUCAGUGACUUGACCUUUGAAGAUGAACAACCGAUGGAACCAGUGAGCAAGAGUGAACUACAGCUCCUGAAACAAGCUCCAUGUGAUCCAACAAAUGAGCUGGCCCCAGUAGAUGAGGAGGAGGAUGAAGAUAUGUUAGCUGCAUGCAUCAACAUCGGCAUGCAGCAUAGUAACAGGAGGAGUGUAGUAGGAAAGGCUACUCCUGUGGUACGUUGUGUACCCACUCAACGCCCCAGUGGCAUCCCCCGCAGUACUGGAAUACCGGUGAAGACACCAGCUGCAAGUCCUGCCAAGCCUGUUCACAUUCCUGAUUCUGAGGUGCUUGGAGAUUCAACAACAGUUUUCCGUACAGAAGAUACUCCAGCCAAUAUCAGCCACGCCACAUCCCACUCUGAUCUGUCCAACUUGUGUGCCCUCUCAGACGACUCAGACCAUGACAACAUACUGGCCGAGUGCAUACAGUCUGGCAUGCCCCAGGCACGGCUUACACCAAACAGCACCCUGAAGAAGCCGGCUAAGGUGGCGACAGUGCUGCCUAUGCCAGUAAAGCAAUCAUUGCUGCCACACCGUCAGAGCCAGCCUCCCCUUUCCCCAGUUGUGACCAAAGCAGUUCAGCCCAUUACACCUAGGCUAAAGACCACAGAUUCAAAUGAUGUAACAUACUCGGAAAACAUAAUUGAUGCUAAUUCUAAACCAGAAAGGUGCCGAUUGAUGUCACCCAUACCUGAUGAUAGAUCUUCGCCUUUGUCAUCUCUCGAACCUGAUGUGGAGGAGGCUGUGACAGUGCUCUCUCGCCAGCCAAGUGUGGGGUCUCUAACCGACUGGACGGAAGACCAAGUAUCACUCUCUGAGCAGGUUCUCCUAGAACAGUGCAUCACUUCUGGCAUGCCCAAGACAAAAAACGGGAUAAAUCCGUCUGUCGGAACCACUCCGGCAGACGUAGACGCAAGACACGUAGAGAGUAGUGACCGCGACAUCAUGAAAGAGAGUGGAGACACAUGGAAUGAAGAUACCAGCCCUACAUUCCCCAGCAUCAGCCUCACAGCCCCUCUCAUAACCAGCUACAAGAGUCUCGAAGAGGAUCCUAUUAAACCGGAGAUACAAACCGAUUCGAGGAUAAUUCAAUUAGAAGCUGGCAAGGUGGGCAUAAUUUCCCACUUGGAAAUGGAGAGCAGCUUGACAUCAGUGGACCUGGAAUCAGUGAGGCCACCCUCUUGCAUGGGCAGUCUGCUGUCACUGACAGCGUCUGUGAGCGAAGCCGACAAGCGUAGGCACACACAGCGUUCACUAUUGGCUCGCCGUGCACUACACACAACUACUGACAACAGUCUCAGCUGGCACAAUCUGGAUAGUAUCCGGCCUCCUGAGGGCAUGGACGAGGUUUUGGAGCUGGAGAACAGUAUUCUGUCUUGUGCAAGCCUAACGUCAGAGGUGGCGGACUCGCCAGCAGUGUCUCCUGCCAACUCAGUCAGCGAGGAUGUUACUCUAGCUGAGACAGACCAACCAUCAUCUCUCACCCCUCGCCUCACUCCCAAGAUGAAACGGCAGAUGCUUAAGGACAGGUUUAAUACAUACACGAUCACAGGAGACAAAUCAAGCAGAGACAGUUCACUUGAUGCAGAUAUAAACUUGGACUCGGAAGGAGGAGAGCCACAGACAGAACUCGCUGAACAAAAGUCUCCUGGAAAACCAAAGAAACUUACACCGAAACAGAAGCGAUUGGCUGACAAAGAGAGAUUCCGUACAAGGACAUUAGGUGAUCAGCAGAUUCCUGUCCCACUCUCUCCUAGAGAAAGGCGUUUAGCUGACAAAGACCGUUUCCGAACACAAACAUUAGAAGGACCUGCAGUCAUAUCCUCUGAAAGUCAACCAGAAAUAUCUACAACUGUAGUCCAAGAAACAACCGUGAAUGAUGAAGCUAUUGCUCUGCAAGACUGUGAAAGUGGUGAUGAAAAAGAAUUUGCAAAUGAAGAUGAGAAAAGUGAUGAUGAUAAACCAAAACCAAUAGUGGUAAAACCGGCAGAAGUGAAAUCAAUUAGAGGAAGAAAGAAGGCUCGAAGUCACAUUCCAGUUGUCAACCGUAGCCCUGCAAACAAAUCAAAGUCACCCAAACCUCCAGCACCUUUACAACGACAAGGAACUUUCACUAAAGAUGAGCCUCCAACUCCUCCAGUGACAUCUGGAAUCCCAGUAUAUUCCAGUGUUAAAAAACAAAUCCCAGUUAAAACAGGCUUGAAGAAAAAAACAACCAAUAUAGCAACUCCCACUACUACUACAGCUACUACUACUACUUCAGCAUCAACUCAGGCAAAGAAAGUAGCAACCAGUGUAGGAAGGGGACGGGCAGGAAGUUUACCCAGGAGCGAUCCUCCUCAGAAAGCAACUGGGGUGAGAUCAUCAAAGAGCAAUCAGAGUUUGAAAAGUGAAACUCUUGGAAGCAACACAAGUCUGAGCUCUGGCGGUGCCAGGUGGAAUAGCAACUCAAGUUUGAAUACACCUGGAGGGAAGAAAGAAGCAACCAGUAAGAUCGCUAGUCUCUGGAAAAAAGUGGAAGAUUCAAAGAAGAAAAAGGAGGCUGAGGGCAAAGAUAAAAGGGUUUGGAUUGGUCCGAAUGCCACCCAUCCACAUUCCAAACAGGCUGUGUAGUCGCCUGGCUCUCCAUGGCUUCAUCUAGUUGUCUACUUCCGACUGUAUAUAAUCACAGUAUUGUUUAAGUUUUAUAGAUGCGCCAGCAAUAGUGCAGGUUUUUAUUAAGCACAGGCGGCAGAGUUUUGUAUGGAUCGAGUGUUUAGGGCUGUAUUUUAACACAUUUUGUAUAAGUAUAUCACUUAGGCUGCAUUGUUCGCAAGUGAGUUUUAGUUUGCAACUAGGACAAGGUGGCUGAAAAGAAAACGGUGCAGGUUUACUAAAUAGACUAUUUUUUAAUUUAACUUCAUUAUUGGAACUAAAUGUUGAUGACACUGUAAUACAUAAUUUGUCUCCAAAGAUUUUGUUCUUACAUAGUAUAUCUUUAUCUUUUCAGCCAUCUUAGUUUUGCUCUCUUUCCUUACGUAAGAGUAAGUGUUUACAGAUAUUCUGAAUUAAAUUUUUUUAGACAUAAAUCUAUUUACUAUUUGUCUGGCAAAUUAAAUUUUUAUUUUUAUUCAAUUUUUAUGCUGUCUUUUUAAACAAAGAAUUGUUUUAUGUUAAGAGAAAGAUAUUAAUAUACCUGUUUCUUUUUUGGCCUGCAUUCGCUAGUGUGUUAAAAUACAUGUUACAUUUUUAAACCGAUUCUAUUGUUCUUUAAUACUUUGUUUGUCAUAAUCACCUUUUUUUGGAUAGGUUGACAUAAAUACACAUGUCAAUAAAACAGCAUCAAGUGUAUUUAGCUAUAAAAUAAAACUUUCUUCAGCACACCAGCAGUAAAUAAGUAACUUUUCGUGAUUUAAAAUGUUUCACCAAAAUAUUUUUGUACUUCCUGGACAUUAUUUCUUUAUUGUGGUCACCCUUGAAACUUUGUAUGGGCUCUAAACAGAUUUAAAUAGUUCUCUAGUAUGCACUCUUUUGAUAAAUUAUUCAGGUGAAAUUUUAGAUAAUACCUUGCAAAAUUAUGCUAUGGGAAACAUUCUAACUUUAAUCAAUGAAUUGGGUUGUGUUUGUGUUUAUAAUAAAAAUAACCACCAUACAAUAUGUUAACUGUUUAAAUUUUAUUGACCAUAUAUUCAUAUAAAUGUAAAAUAUUGAAAAUGCAAAUAAGCUAGCAACUGCGGGCAGGUUUUGAAUAUUGAGUGUCUGUAGCCAUUAGUUCUAAUGUCAGCACUAAAACAUGGCUACUACUCUGCUGUCUCACACAUUGGUGUUGGGUGGCAUUGUACAUAUUUACAGCUCUUGCCAGUGUCCGUAGCCAUAAAUGCGAGCUAUAGUGCCAGCACUCAAAGGUACAUGGGUGAGCUACUACUCUGCUGUCUUACACAUUGAUGUUGGGUGGCAUUGUGCAUAUUUACAGCUCUUGCCAUUAGGUUUUCUAUGCUAACUUAUUAUAAUCUUAAGUUUUCAUGUUUGGAUAAGACUUCUGGUUACUAAAUUGUAUAACAAUAAUUUUCUGUUAGUGCAUACAAGACUAGUUCCAUUAAAAAUGGGUUUUUUUAAGGGGUAGAUUAUUGAAAUAGAGUUCUACAGAUAUCAAUAUAAUGUUUGAAUGUGUUUUUCCUUUUUCUGGAAGUAACUACUCCCCAUUUUAACUUUGAGAAUAAUGAGAAUAAAAUUUAAAAGCUAUAGGAAAUGGUUAUUACUUAAUUUUAUUUUCAUGAUUAAAGACUUUGAGUUCAGAGUGCGGUUACUUUAUUUCCAUCUUGUAUAGUUUUAUGAUAGAGAUAAAAAUAAUUUUAGAGAUGCAAUAAAAUAAUACACAUUCAAACGCAUUUUGGUUUUUUAUAUUUAAAAAAUCUUAAGUUUUGCCUACUACAUUGUUUGAAAAUUAAUAUACAUUUUAUAGAAUAGCUAUGGAUGUGUAUUAAACAUAACUUUAAAAAUGCUAUAUCUCCGCUAACUAUUCAAAAUAAUUACAUAAAAAUGGGUAAUGUUUAAUAUCACUCUUAUGUUGUAAAACCCAAGGCCGUUCUAAUACAAAAGUAUCCAAAUGUUUACAUUGUGCAUAUUUUUACAGACAUAAUCUAAAUAAAUUGUUUGCAAAAUCAAAAACAAAAAUUCAUACCAUAACUUAAGGUAAUAUGCCUGCUUGGUUCAAAAUUAAUUAUUCUCUGCAAAAAAAUAAGCACAAUACAUAAAUACACAAAACAUAACUUGUUACUUGACGGAAGACUAGAGAACACCAACAUUUCACCAACCAUAAUAUUCAAUACACAAGGAAUAACACAGGUGAUGCAUUCUAAUAGAUUAAUUUGGAACUAUUUGUGGAAAUGUCAAAUCAGAGAACUGUAGAUUGAAAUACACCUUGAUAUGCUCCUCCUGGUCUUUUGCCUGUUGUGUCAAAUACAUCAAUGAGCUCCAGUACACGUAACAUGUACAGAGAUUGUAUACUUCUUUUAUUUUUGCAAUUAGUUUAGAGAAAUGGGGAUCACAAUAAAGACACUGCUAUGAGAAGUUCUGAACAAAAUUGUUUACCAAAGACCUUAAAUUAAAUGUGUAUUUGUCCUGUUCGUUGCAGAAAGUAGUGUUAAUGAAUGCAGUUAUUUUUCUAAUGUUAUUUUUUUAAUUUUCAUUAUAUGGUAAACAUUUAUAACAAAGAACAAGGAUCUGGGUUAUUAUGUAUUUAUUUAUACACUUCAUUUCAUUCCAGGAUAUCCAAUUCACUUGAAAUACUUGAGAUAUACUGGAUAUAUCUAAGUUAUUGAAUGAAUUUGGCACCAUCAAAUUACAUUAAUCUCUUCAUUUUAUUAUUUUCUUACUUCACUGAGUGUGAACUUUACAAUAGAACAAAUCUAGUCGCAUAUUGCAAUAUGUUUGUUUGAUAAAACUUUGUUAAAGUCUGAAUUGUGAAACGAGCAAGAGGUGCUACCCUGAUGAUCUCAAGAAUUUGUUCAUUCACACAUUACUAGGAAAUUACGUACUUUUUUUUACUUGUAAGUUAUUGUAUUAUGUUUGUUUAUAUUUCAUGUAGAAUAAAUUGAGUUAUAUUAUGUUCUGGAUUUGAAAUAUUAACUAAUUUAUAGCAAAUAUGCUAAAUUCCGGCAGAAAAUAAAUUCCCAUUGGAUAACUUAAAUUUAAAAUUUUGGUGCACAUCAACAAUAACUAAUUUAUUGCUUUUCUGAACAUUUUGCCAUACUUAUUUAGAUGGAAAGUUUAGGAUUUCAUGAAAAGAAUAUAUAUUUUUCCAUGUUGUUUAUUAACUUGGUCGUCAACCAUGUGUAGAUAAAUAUUAUAUGAAACAUUUUUUGAUGUCUACUACUUUUACUAAAACCGUCAUUGUUGAGGAUUUUACCCAAAAAUUGAUAAUUUACUGUUGUGCCCUUAACUUGGUAUACAAGCAGCACAGAAGUAAUUGUAGGAAAAACUUUCUUUCAGUUCCUAAAAAAAACUUAAUACACUAUAUUAAAAAAAGGAAGUAAAUUAAGCAUUGUUAAUUUUGAAUGUCUUCAACAUAAUUAUUUCAUGCAAUACAGUAGAUUUUAAAUAUACCAUGUCUGAAGAAGUUGGGUGCCUUUUUUAUUUCAUACUCAAAGCUUAUUAUAUAUUGUUGCUUUCAUUGUUAAAAGUUUUUUUUUAUCAAGAUAUAAAAUUAAUCAGUAAUGUUAUAAUACUGAUUCUUUUUAAUGAGAUGAAUCUUGCUGAUACAUUUUUUUAAUCGAAUUAUUUAUUUUUUGAUUGCGCAUUCCACUUUCUCUAAGAUCCAUUCUAUAAAUUAUCCACAUUUACGAUAGCUCGUAUUUGCUUGAAUUUUUUUAUUGCAUUCAAAACAUUUGUAUAGUUAGAUUUAUAAUAUUAUGACAAUUAUCCAUAUGGGUUUUAUACAAGUUAUAUUUGUAUCAUAUUGUUUAUAGAAAGCCAUUUAUAUUUGAAUGUGUUUACUUAUCCUACCAAAGUUUUUUUAUAAUUGGUUGUAAGAACCGAAUUUAGUUUGCAUACAUUGAUUUAAUUUUGUAAUAGUGAAUACAAUUUUAGUGUUUUUAGUUAAGUCUUUAUAUCAAUUUAUAAAUUUUGCAAAUCUUUAUUUUUUUCCACUUUCAUCAUUUGUAAUAUUUUUCAUAUAUUUUACAGCUAGUUAUUUCAAUUUUAUGCUUAUGCCAUUAUGUUUCUUAUUUCCUUUAAACAUGACAUGGUCCAAUAUGGUGGCAAUUUUUUGCAUCUGUUUUUUUGUUUUGAGGCAUAUUUUUGCUUUUGUGUUUCAGGACUGAAAUAAAUGUUAAAUUAGCUAAUAAUUUAUAAUAAAUUAAAUUAUAUGUAUCAA